ACGUUAGCGGUGGGUGCGAAGUGAAGACUGAAAGAGAGUGACGGAGGGGGGGAGGAGGAGGAGAAGUAAGAAGAGGUAGAGCGUUCGAGGAGCUCCUUCUUUGCUGUUUGGAGGAGGCGGAGUACAGAACGAGUGUCAAUGUCGAUGGAUCGAGUGACUGAUACGGUUCGGAAGGAAGAGACGCAGCAGCUGGAGGCGUAGGGCGGUGAGGGGGAGAUAACUCAAUCACAGCACAUCGCCUCAGAUAAAGUCGUCAGCUAUACAUCCGGCGAAGAGAGACGAAGCUGGCCCCUCCGACCGAUCUGAUCUUUCGAUUGAUCGACUGAAGAAAGAGCUUCGCAUCGCAGGAAGCAAUUGCCUCUCGCAUUGGACUCUUCUUUUGAGACAUAGAUAGUGGGUGGAAAAAGGGUAGCAGCAGUGAGUUUCAGCGCAGAUAGACCUGGAUUGACUGCUUUGGAGAGAGAGUGAGAGUGAUUGAGCGAGUGUUUGUGUGUGUGUGUGUGAGCGAGAGAGAGUGAGACUUUGAGAGAGGAGAGUGAAUGAGAUCCAUGAUGAGAGAUGAGGAGGACGGGAUGUAAAGUUCGAGGUGAUUCUUCUUCCAUGGCCAUGAGAGCCCAAGGAGGAAGGGCGACCAGGAGCAGCAGCAGCAGGAGAGGUCGGAGUUCCACCUAGCAGCAGCCGCAGCCGAGUGGGAGGACGGUUGUCAAGCCAGCGUGGAGUGGAGUGGAGUGGAGUGAAGCGGACAGUGGCGGAUCGAAGCCUGAGUAGUCGAUUUCCAGCAUCGACUGCUUCGAGAAGGCGUGAAAUUGGAAAAGCGGCUGGAGGAUACACUACAGAAUGAGGCGUUCGUCUUGUUUGGUCGGAUUAGGGUCCAAGAAGCCGAGGAUGGCAGGCACGGGCCUGAGGAGGGAGGUCAAUGGGAGUGGUAAGCUGUUUAGUCUGUACACAGUUGUAAGCUUAGCUAGCGUAUGGCUGCUGUCAGUCGGCGUGGUAGAUGGUCAAGCGAGCUCCACUGUACAGACUAACGACACUGCCUCGUUCAUUCCCGCAACGAAUGUGUGGAUCAAUUGUGGUGGGACAAGCAAUGCCUCGGUACCCAACGUGGGGCUCUUCCUCACCGAUACCACUGGUUACAUCUCCGAGGGCAUUCUCGCCACGAACAGCGUUCCCACGAACAACGACAACAAUCCCUACCCGGAUUUGUUGAACACAGCGCGUAUCUUCGCAGGGCAGUCGGCCUACAAGAUUCCUGUCGUCCCCGGAAAUGUGUGGAUUCGGCUGUGGUUCUACCCCGUGACCUACCAGACCUACAAGCCCAGCAAUGGCCUCUUCUCUGUGACAGCCAACGAGUACACUCUUCUGAUGAAUCUCACGCAGACGGACGGCGUCUUUAUCUACAAGGAGUACAUGAUCCAGGCGAAGACGAACAUAUUGACAUUGACCUUCAUCCCCGCAGCUCUCGACAAGUUUGCCUACGUCAAUGGCUUGGCGGUCGUUUCGGCUCCUGCCACUUUGCUCCCGAGCAAUGUCUACCUCGUGCCCAAGCAGGCGGUCACGUUCAGCAUGGACAACAACGGCGUGGAAACCAUGUACAGGCUGAAUGUCGGAGGCGGAACCGUCUCGCCCUCGAACGAUUCGUUCCUCACUCGACAGUGGGAGGGAGAUCAGAAGUACCUCUACGGAGCAGCGCAGGGAGUGGCCCUCUCGCCCGUGGCUCCGAACCUCAUCGUGUACCCGAACGAUGUGCCGAGGUGGAUGGCCCCCGCCAGUGUGUACGCCACUGCUCGAGUUCUCGGCACCAGCGGUGUGGCCGCGGCGCUAGCCAAUAUCACCUGGAUUUUCGACAUCGAUCCAGGCUAUGCCUACUACGUUCGUCUCCAUUUCGCCGAACUCCAGCAUAACUCCAUCGGCCAGAGAGUUUUCAAUGUCUUCCUGAACAAUGGGUCGGCCUUCCCUUUCUUCGAUGUCGUCGCAUACGGCGGUGGGAAUCCCGAGACUGCCGUGUUUCUGGACUACGUCCUCACCAUGUACGAUUUCACCGUCGACAAAUUGUGGGUCCAGAUCGGGCCGGCCAAGGAUUCGAGCCAGUUCGCGGAUUGCAUCUUGAAUGGGUUGGAGAUCUUCAAGAUCAACAACACGAACAGCAGCUUGGCCGGAACCGCCAUCCACAUUCCGCUGGCCAGCGACAGCGGCGGCGGCAAGAGUAGCAACAUCGGUACCAUCAUCGGAGCUGCCGUGGGUGGUGGUGUGGCAUUGAUGGCGAUCCUCGGCGCGAUUUUCUUCUUCUGCUGUGCGCCGGCCAAGGGAGGUGUCAAGAAGCAAUCGUCUCCCGCCUGGUUGCCCUUGCCUCUCCACGGAGGAAAUUCCGAGAGCACUGCGAGUAAGAUAUCCACCACGGCUUCGCACAAGAGCGGCACAGGGAGCUACGUCUCGUCUGCGGCCUCGAAUCUGGGCCGCUACUUCACGUUCGCCGAGCUCCAGGAGGGGACGAACAACUUCGACGAGGAGCUGCUGCUGGGAGUUGGAGGGUUCGGGAAGGUGUACAAGGCUGAAAUCGACGAUGGCGUGAAGGUGGCCGUCAAGAGAGGGAACCCUCGCUCAGAGCAAGGACUGACCGAGUUCCAGACCGAGAUCGAGCUCCUGUCCAAGUUGCGACAUCGCCAUUUGGUGUCCCUGAUCGGGUACUGCGAGGAGCAUUGCGAGAUGAUCCUCGUCUACGAUUACAUGGCGAAUGGGCCUCUGCGGGGGCAUCUCUAUGGCACCGACCUGCCUCCCCUGACCUGGAAGCAACGCCUGGAAAUCUGUAUCGGGGCUGCGCGAGGAUUGCACUACCUGCACACCGGCGCUGCUCAGGGCAUCAUCCAUCGCGAUGUGAAAACGACCAACAUUCUUCUGGAUGAGAACUUCGUGGCGAAGGUGGCCGAUUUCGGUCUGUCCAAAACUGGACCAAGCCUGGACCGCACCCACGUUAGCACAGCCGUGAAGGGAAGCUUCGGGUACCUCGAUCCUGAGUAUUUCCGAAGGCAGCAGCUGACCGAGAAGAGCGAUGUGUACUCGUUCGGAGUGGUGCUCAUGGAGGUGGUGUGCGCGAGGCCGGCCAUUAACCCUGCUCUUCCCAGGGAGCAGGUGAACAUCGCAGAGUGGGCAAUGCAGUGGCAGAAGAUGGGCAUGUUGGAGCAAAUCAUCGACCCCAAGCUGGUCGGAUACAUCAAUCCCGAGUCUCUGAGGAAGUUCGGAGAGACGGCCGAGAAAUGUCUGGCCGAGCAGGGAAUCGACAGGCCGGCGAUGGGAGACGUGCUGUGGAAUCUGGAGUACGCUUUGCAACUACAAGAAAACUCGAUGGAGAACCGGUUGAUGGAGGGAAGCACCAACCACAGUAUCGAACUCAGGCCCUUAAGAACACCGGAGCCCGAGGAAGCAGAUCUUACGACGACCAACCACAGCAUUGACAGUGAGGAGGAGUCAGAGGAUGCGACAGCCAGCGCUGUGUUUUCUCAGCUGGUGAACCCUCAAGGAAGGUAAAGAGAGAUUGGAGAUAGUCGAUAUCUUCAUGGAGCGAUGAUCCUUCCAUUUGUCGUGCCCUCUGUCUCCUGUUCCAUCCCCAGUGAAGCCAGGCAUUUCACUCGAUGCGAGUGUGAAAUACUCCGGGAAUGAGAUGAUGCUGUGUAGGAGCUUCCAAGGCAAAGAUGUGGGGUUGGGAACAGGAGUGCAAAUCGAGAGUGGUUUCAGUUGUUCCUCUUCUGACAUGAACAAUGAUUCAUUCAUAUUUAUCAUAACUCGUUGCUUAUAUGAUUUAGUGGUGUGAAAUACUUCCGUGUUGAUGCUUGGGGGGUGGGCGGGCGGGGUUGGAAAAGGAGGGUAGUAGGAAAUGGUAGUCCAUGACUCUCUGGCCUAGAAGGGCAUAUUGACUGGCUAGGCCAGAGAAAUCGAAAUAGAAGGAACGGUGGUUGGAUGGUCGAUUAGGUUAUUCUCUGCCUACGACAUGGACGGCCUGGAGCUGGAGCGCUGCUGGUGCUGCUGGGGCUCCGGUCAUGGAACGGGACGACGAGCCGGCAUAGAGCUGGGGUUGGUUAAACUGCUGUCUGACAGAUGGUGGCAGACAGCGAAUGUCAAAAUACAGGCAUUCUAUUUGCAUUUGUUGUGUCUGGCAUGUAGGUAGGCCGUUAACAUCAGAUUGUGGCAAGUGCGUGGCUUGAGACUAAUCCAGGAACCCUCGAGGUCCGGGAGUCUAAAGCAGCUGCCACGGACUAAGAAGAAGACGAAGAUGAGGAGGAGAAUCAGGAUGAUGAAGAGAAGAGGUUUUUUCUGUAGUGUAGCCACAAAUUAGUUGGAAGCAACAACACAUGUGCCCAGACCUGUAAAUUUACUUGGAUUCUUUUCCAUGUAUGUGGAUCAAUUUGAUGCAUAACGAGUUCGAUUGCCGAGGUUUGCAACAUCGUGACGGGCCAGAAGAAUAGUCCUGUAACGUUGUAGAGCCCCGUCUCCGAGCUUGUUGCUAAAUGCGGGGAACGAUUACACUUCUAUUCAUAAUUUACUCCUUCCUGUAUCUAUUCCCUUAAAAUAUUCUCACAUAUCAGGCAUGCUGUAGCUUCGCCUCACGAGAAGGACGUGCGUUCAUUUGGGAGUGCACGCGUCACCUUAUUAGGAGGUCGCUAAUCCCUGAACCAACAACUAUCAAUUGAAUAUAUU